CUCAAAAUAGCCUCAAUCGUUUUUCUCUCACACUCACCAGCUCACCCGCUCGAUCUAUUCUCUCUCACACUCAGCCCUCUCGAUUUGUUCUCUCACUCAGCCUCUGCAAGAACUCAGCUCUCGUCUCUCUCCAUAACGUUGAGCUGCUCUCUUUCACACUCAGCCUCGGCAAGAACCAGGCGAUCCCGCCGACGCAAGAACCAGGCGACCCCCCCGUCGACGCAAGAACCAGGCCACCCCCCCGCCGACGCAAGAACCAGGCCACCCUGGGGUAAACUAGGAAAACCUCCAAUUGUUUAUGAGCUCUGGAGAACAGUACUACUCACACCCUUUAAGCUCAUCACAGUGUUCUUGCAUGAAGCAAGUCAUGCUAUUGCUUGCAAACUCACAUGUGGUCAUGUGGAGGGAAUCCAAGUCCAUGCAAAUGAGGGUGGCGUCACACAAACGCGUGGUGGUGUAUACUGGUUGAUAUUACCUGCAGGAUUGGACACUCCGUGGACUUUGUAUCGGAUUCAUCAUUUUCCUUGCUUUAAUUUGGGUUCUGCAAGAAAUGACAACAGUCUGUAUUCUCCGUCACGUUAUUCUCUUUAUAGGUGUGAUGAACAGCUUGUUUUCAGUAUAUGGUAUGUGCCACCACUCAUCUUUAGCAAGUAACCUAUUGAUUACCAAUUCUACACUUGUGUUUGAUAUUCAAAUACAUAUGACAGAUAUCUAUGAUGAUUUAAUAUCUUGAAGAGUCAACUCCAGUGAUGCUGAGAAGUUUGCUGAAAUUUGUCCUUGUUGCAAUGGAGUUGGAUGGGGAGUCAUAUGGUGA